UCUGUCAUAAUGGUUGGUGCUGUGCCAGAGUGUACAGUUUUUCAUCAACAGUUCGAUCAAGAUAAGUGAAAUAAAUUAGCAAAACCGUAUCAUAUGUUUGCAUUCCACGCCAAUCUGCGUGUGUUUCGUCUCCGUGGAGACAGUUAGAAUACCGCUUAUCUUCGCCGCGGGUGAACAAUUGUCGUCCGACUUCGGGUGCAGCCGUGUGAGGGGUGCUGAAUUUAGGUUGGAAAAACAGAGGAUUACAGUGCGUUAGUGGAAAACAGCUGCUAGAGCUAACUCGGCGGUUGAGGCCAAUUGCUCACGCAGCAAGGGGCAGAAUAAUGGCAGACGUGAAAUUAUCGCUGCUGGUGUCAGCAAUUGCGAUAAACUCGCUGCUCUCGGUGUACGGUUUUACGGUGCAAAAUGUGAAUCCAGUCGGUGGUGUUUCCCACGAACUGGAUGAAAGUUUUCUCCAGCAGCCCCAUUACCGUGGCAACGACGAGCUGCUCGAUGUGUUGGCGCACCUGCAGAAGGAUUACCCGGAGCUGGCCAAGGUGCACACGAUUGGCCAGUCCUUGGAAGGACGUCCGCUGACCGUGCUGGAGAUACGCCCGAACGUGAAUCGUCCGCGACCUUUGCUGAUGCCCAUGUUCAAGUACGUAGGUAAUAUGCACGGCGAUGAGACGGUUGGCCGCGAGCUGCUGCUGUACUUGGCACAGUACCUGUUGGCGAAUUACGGUCGGGAUCCGGAAGUCAGUACGCUCGUGAAUGAAACAGCCAUCUAUCUGAUGCCAACAAUGAAUCCCGAUGGAUAUGCGCGAUCCAAGGAAGGUGUCUGCGAAUCCCCGCCAGAUUAUGUUGGACGGUACAAUGCAGCCAAUGUGGAUCUGAAUCGAGAUUUUCCGGAUCGCUUUGAUGAUGACCGUACGCGCCAUCAGCGCAUGAAGCGCCGCCAGCCGGAAACGGUGGCCGUCAUGAGCUGGAUACUAAACAAUCCUUUUGUUCUGUCGGCGAAUCUUCACGGUGGUGCAGUCGUUGCCAGUUAUCCGUACGAUAAUUCGAUCCACCAUCAUGAUUGCUGCGAGGAAAGUCGUACCCCAGACAACAAGUUCUUCAAGUAUGCUGCUCUGACGUAUGCCGAAAAUCAUCCAGUAAUGCGCCAGGGACGUGAUUGUAAUGAAACAUUCCAGAGCGGCAUCACUAACGGUGCCUAUUGGUAUGAGCUGAGCGGUGGUAUGCAGGAUUUUAACUACGUGUACAGCAACUGCUUCGAGGUGACGCUAGAGUUGAGCUGCUGCAAGUUUCCGUAUGCGCGAGAACUGCCCAAGGAGUGGAACAAAAAUAAGCGCAGUCUGAUCGAGUACAUGAAGCUGGUUCACGUCGGUGUGAAGGGUCUCGUCACGGACAGUGCCGGUUAUCCGAUCAAGGAUGCGGAUGUUAUCGUGAGUGGAAUCGAACGGAAUGUACGCACCAGCGAGAGAGGCGAAUACUGGCGCCUUUUGGUACCGGGUCAGUACGAUGUUCGUGUGGAAGCAGUCGGCUAUUAUCCGAGCGAACCAGUUACCGUGCAGGUUAAGGCUGAUCAACCGCUGCAGGUGAACUUCAGCCUGAAGAGCUACGACACCCAAGAAGCUCCUUCGAAGUCGGAACAAGUGCGAGUUGUUCGUGAAACGUUCGACGAUUAUGGAUUUGCCAAAACGCCUGAGUUCGUUCACCACAACUAUACCUCUAUGGUUCGCUACAUUCAAGAGCUCGCUAAUAACUAUCCUUCGAUUACGCAUCUCUACUCGAUCGGCAAAUCGGUGCAGAACCGUGAUCUAUGGGUAAUGGAAAUCACCGAAUCUCCCGGGAAGCACAUACCCGGCAAGCCGGAAGUUAAGUACAUUGCCAACAUGCACGGUAAUGAAGUGGUCGGCCGGGAACUGUUGCUACUGUUUGCGAAGUAUUUGUGCGAAAACUUUAACAGUACGCAGCGCAUUACGAAACUGGUGAACCGGACGCGAUUGCAUCUGCUGUUCAGCAUGAAUCCGGAUGGGUACGAAAUGUCCGAUAGUACCGAUAAGGAUAGUUUGCGUGGCCGUUCGAAUGCGAACAAUGUCGAUCUGAACCGCAACUUUCCGGAUCAGUUCGGGCGCAAUCAAUACAACACCCAUCAGGAGCCGGAAACGAUGGCGGUUAUGAACUGGUCCCUGUCGACGCCGUUCGUACUGUCGGCUAAUCUGCACGGUGGCGCAUUGGUAGCUAACUAUCCGUUUGAUGAUUCGCCCAAGGAUUUUGCGUACUCCAGUGGGUACGGUGAUCCACGCACGGUGAAGAAUCCGACGGAGGAGAACGAGCUGUUCCAGUAUCUGGCACAUGUAUACGCGAAUUCACAUACUACCAUGCAUCUUGGCCGCCCGUGUCGCACGUUUCUGCGGGAAACUUUCCCCGAUGGCAUCACGAAUGGUGCUGCCUGGUACAGUGUCACUGGUGGCAUGCAGGACUGGUCGUACGUAGUUGGUGGAGCAUACGAGCUAACGCUUGAAGUUGGUUGUGACAAAUUCCCGCCCGCUUCACAGCUCCCCGACUUUUGGAAGCAAAACCGCGAAGCAUUACUUCAGUACGUGGAGCAAGCACAGCACGGCAUAACGGGUUACGUGCGAAGCACAAUCGGACAUCCGAUCGGGCGGGCCAGUGUAAAGGUGAACCAGAUUGAGCAUGUAAGCUAUACAACGGCGAAUGGUGAUUACUAUCGAUUGUUGCUACCGGGGCUGUAUAAUGUGACUGCCGAAGCCGAGGGUUACGAGCCACAAUCGCUCGAAGUACGCAUACCGCCCGAAGCAGACCGGGCAGUGAUCGUCGACUUUCAGCUAAUGCGUGACGAUCCACAGCACUGGUCGUCGGCGUACGACUAUCGGACGCUGGAGAACGUCAUCAAUACACGGUACCAUUCGGAUGCGGAACUGAAAUCCACAAUGGCGGAGUUUGAGAAUAAACACUACACAUCGGUUUCGCUAGAGUUCGGUGGUAAUGAGGUAUCGAUCGCGUAUCCUUCCGUAAAGGUGACCGAUAAUAUAGGAACACCGGAAGAAACGAAACUACACAUUCUGAUCAUAUCGUCACUAUUCCAAACGGCCGCUAUAGGGCGGGAGAUGGUCAUGAAUCUGGCACGUCACGUACUUGCUGGGUAUUUAAUCAAGGAACCGUUGUUGAUCCAACUGCUCCAAAAUGCUGUUCUGCACUUUGUCCCGGUAAAGAAUGACUUUGAUGAGAUCAUGCAACAGUUCCGAGCGAAUGCAUCCGUUUGCAAUCCCAAACUCCAUUCGGACGAGCUGGCCGAUAAAUUGCUGAACGCGGAAACUGAUCAUCAGAAGGAUAUGUUCCUGCGCAUGCUGAAGGAAGAGGAGUACGAUCUGGCACUAACAUUUGCUGCCGGUGGACACGAUGUUUUCUUCCCAAAUACAGACGAUAAGGUUGCAAUCUACUCACGGUUUGCGGAAAAAAUUAAAGGCCACAAGUACAGACAGUCUGCCAGCUCCGACAAAUGUACGGUCGAUGCCGGUCAGCUGCAUCAAGUCGAAGCGACGCAACGUGUCACAAAUGCUAUCCACAAAUUGUACGAAGUGCCGUUGUUUACGUUGCAGCUUGGUUGCUGCAAGAUGCCGUCCGAAUCGUCGAUUGCCAGCGUAUGGCGCCAGAAUUUGGAACGCAUGAUCAACUUCCUACGGUUGAUCGAUACUGGCAUCCGAGGUUACGUGAAGGAUAUUCACGGGACACCGCUACGGAAAGCAAUCCUUCGCGUUCAUGGUAAUAAUCUGAUUUACAAGGUAACGCCCAAUCUGGCACACUUCCGCAUCGUUUUACCGUCCGGUUCGAUGGAGAUCGAAAUCAGCUGUUACAACUACACGUCCCGCAUCAUGCCGGUCACCUUGAGCGACAAUCAGAUAUUGGAUCUCGGUGACAUUGUGAUGCAGGAAGCUGCCCGACCGAAGGAAAGUAUCGUUGCGCCGCCUGUACCGGUGAUACCGCAGGCAGUGCCCGAGAAGCAUCAUGAUUUUGGGGUGCUGGAACCAAGCAAAACGAUGAAAGUAUUCCCGCAGGAUGGUGGAGUUGAGUAUAAUGCUGUUGUGAGCGGUAUCGUGAUGGAUGACGCUAAUCAUCCACUGCCGGACGCAAAAGUAUACGUAACGGACGCACACAGUCAAGAAGUUCUAGCAAACGGUCGCACCGGGCCGGUAGGAAAGUUCCAGUUUGAAUCUCUGUCCGGCACGAAAGAUAUUUCGGUACACGCUGAACCGUCUGGUUAUGAGCCGGGCGUAAAGAACAUUAAGCAAGGACCUCUAGGCGGUGCCACAGGUAUCGUGUUCCAUCUAACACGCGACGAACGUGUGCUUGGGAUGCCGCGGCUAGUCUUCGUCAUACUGGCCGGAUGUGUUUCGGUCGGCAUCAUCGUUGCCGGUAUCAUGUGCUUCAUGUACAUUCAAGCGCGCCGUCGUGAUUCGCGCUACUACUACAACUUCUCGCUUCUGCCACAAAAGGGCGAACCGAAUCGGAAGCUGUUCGAUGACGACGAAGAAACGGAACUGUUCCGUGCUUCCACGAAAAAAUUGCAGCCAUACUAUGACGAUGAACGCGAUCCGAUCACCGAUACUGAUGACGACAGUGAGGAGGAAAUAGUCAUGCUAAAUCCUUCGUUCCGCAAUACCAUCAGUCAGUCGUAACCGAGUGGUUCUCUCUCUCCCAUUUCGACCACCAUUCGUUGCGUGAAACACCAACGGUCAAUUAUCCUCGUACCUUAGCACAGAACCUCGUUCUGAACCGAUCGUAGAAUGUGGAUCGCAUAGAUGCAACACUCUUCGCUCGUUUACUUAAACGAUUCGCAGCGUGACAGUCUUGCCUUAUAACGUCGCACUGUUUCUGUUUAAAUUCUAACGACUAGGGAACACUAACUAUUACUAUGACAACGAACGGACCAGAAGCUCGCCGCGUACCGCCGCGGCCAGUUAACUUUAUCAGUUCUGAUUUGUGAUAAACGGAUAAACCUCAUCGUGUGUGUGAAAGGAUCAUCCCCAGUACUGCAUUUGUUUUUUUUUCUUCGGGAAGUUACAUUCCUGGCACAAACUACAUUAACAAAGGAAACACGCUGUGGUGAAACAUAAGUGACACGCGCAUGAACGUGAACUUACGACAUUUGCGUACCCGUGCUGUGAGUAGCAAAAGCCGACAGAAACGAAAGCAGAUACAAAUCAUACAAAAACAUUCCUUCGGCAGGGUACACAACAAUUUCUGGUUUAGAUUAAUUUAUUAUUUUUAAGCAAAAGUACUAAAUAAACGCAUCAUUAGUGUUGUACAAUCAGAGAA